UAUCCGUCUCUGCAGGCCUGACGUAUCUCUGCGUUCUCUGAUAAGCCGUGCCGACAUAGGCAGGGUAAAUAAUGUCGACACUCAUUUAAACCUCUGUGACAGGUUUAACGACAUGAGCCCGAGACUGGAGUCGUAACGGAGCAGCAAGUCUGUACUAUUAAGCUGCGGGGCGGCCCUCGUGGCCGGGAUGCCACUGUGUGCCGUGCCAGUCCACGGUGGACGGUGAGGGGCAGGAGGAGGGGACCGAGUGCUGCAGACUGAGAGGAGGUGGUCUGCACCAAACAGAAGACAUGAACCUCUGCUGGAAUGAGAUCAAGCGGAAGUCCCACAAUAUUCGGGCGCGUCUAGAGGCAUUCUCUGACAACAGUGGGAAGCUGCAGCUCUCUCUACAGGAGAUCAUAGAAUGGCUGACAGCCAAGGAUGAGGAGCUGUCAGAGCAGCUGCCCAUAGGGGGCGACGUGGGCGCCGUCCAGCACCAGCGGGAGUUCCACCAGGCGUUCAUGGAGGAUGUCAAGUCUCGCGGGCCGUUCAUCUACUCGGUGUUGGAGUCUGCCCAGGCCUUUCUGGCUCAGCAUCCCUUCCAGGAGCCAGAGGAGACCCUGACCGAUGGAAAAGAGGUGUCUCCACGUCGGCGAAUCUUGAAUGUGAGCCGCUCUGUAUGGAAGCAGGCGAACGUGGCCAGUGACCUGUGGGAAAAGCUAACGGCGCGCUGCGUUGACCGCCACAGACACAUGGAGCGGACCUUAGAGCGUCUGCUGCAAAUCCAGGCGGCGAUGGAGGAGCUGGCAGUGGCUCUGGAGCAGGCCGAGGGCGUGAGAGACGCCUGGGAGCCAGUCGGAGAUCUCUUCAUUGAUUCCCUGCAGGACCACAUAGACGCUACCAAGUUAUUUAAGGAGGAGCUGACCCAGGUACGGGAGGGCAUGAAGCACAUCAAUGAUCUGGCCCACCAGCUGGCCAUCUCCGAUGUCCAUUUGUCGAUGGAGAACGCCCGCGCCCUGGAGCAUCUGAAUAACCGAUGGAAAGUCCUUCAGGCGUCCAUAGAGGAGAGGCUGAAGCAGCUCCAGGAUGCACAUCGAGACUUUGGCCCCGGAUCGCAGCACUUCCUUUCCAGUUCAGUCCAGAUACCAUGGGAACGUGCCAUCUCACCAAACAAAGUGCCCUACUACAUCAACCAUCAGGCCCAGACGACGUGCUGGGACCAUCCAAAGAUGACAGAACUAUACCAAGCACUGGCGGAUUUGAACAACAUCAAGUUCUCGGCAUAUAGAACAGCGAUGAAGCUGCGGCGAGUUCAGAAGGCUCUGAGAUUGGAUUUAGUGGCGCUGAGCGGCCUGGUGGAGAUAUUUCGGGAGCAGGAGUUACAGCAAGGGGAGCAUGUGAUGGAUGUGGUGGAGGUGAUUCACGGGCUGACGGCUCUGUACGAGAGGCUGGAGGAGGAGAGGUCCAUCCUGGUCAACAUUCCACUCUGCGUGGACAUGUGUCUCAACUGGCUGCUCAACGUCUACGACAGUGCUCGAAAUGGCAAAAUGAGAGUACUCAGCUUCAAGAUGGGAUUGGUGAGCUUGUGCAAUGCAGACGUCCAGGAGAAGUACAAAUACCUAUUCCAUCAGGUGUCUGGACCUGGAGGUGUGACGGACCAGCGUCACCUCAGCCUGCUGCUGCAUGAAGCCAUCCAGAUCCCCCGCCAGCUGGGAGAAGUUGCCGCAUUCGGGGGCAGUAACGUGGAGCCGAGCGUCCGUAGCUGCUUCCGCAUGGCCCCAGGAAAACCUGCCAUUGAGGUGUCUCAUUUCUUGGAGUGGAUGAGCCUUGAGCCACAGUCGAUGGUUUGGCUGCCUGUCCUCCACCGCGUGGCUGCAGCAGAGUCGACCAAACACCAAGCCAAAUGCUACGUCUGUAAACAGUGUCCCAUCAAAGGCUUCAGGUAUCGCAGCUUGAAGCAGUUCAAUGUGGACAUCUGCCAGACGUGUUUCCUAACUGGCCGCACUACCAAGGGAAAGAAGCUGCACUACCCUAUCAUGGAGUACUACACCCCAACAACCUCGGGAGAGAAGAUGAGGGACUUUGCCAAGACUCUGAAGAACAAGUUCAGGUCAAAGCAGUACUUCACCAAGCACCCGCAGAGAGGUUACCUGCCAGUGCAAUCAGUGCUGGAGGCUGAGAGCUCAGAGACGCCGUGCUCCUCACCCAAGCUGCCCCAUGCAGACACUCACAGCAGAAUUGAACAUUAUGCCAGCAGACUUGCAGAGAUGGAGAGCCAGAAUUGUUCAUUCUUCACGGACAGCCUGUCUCCUGAUGAAAGUCUGGAUGAAGAUCAGUACCUCCUGCGUCACUCCAGCCCAGCCCUGGAUCAGGACUCACCCUGUGGACAGCACAUGCUGCUGGCUCACCUGGAGCACCAGGACAAGGAGCAGCUCCAGUGCACCCUGGCCCGCCUGGAGAACGAGAACCGGGUGCUACAGAGCGAGUACAGGCGGCUCAAGUGGAAACACGAAGAGGCGGCGUCAGUUCCCAUGCUGACCGAGGCUGGAGAGGGAGGCCCGGGCUCGCCCACAUCGGAAGGACAGCAGGACGAGGAGCUCCUGGCUGAGGCGCGGGUCCUCCGGCAACACAAGUCACGCCUGGAGACCCGCAUGCAGAUUCUGGAGGACCACAACAAGCAGCUGGAGUCCCAGCUGCGCAGGCUCAGGGAGCUACUGCUUCAGCCCAAAGAUGAUUCAGAGGCCAAUGGAUCAGAACCGUCGACCCUGUCGUCUCCUGUGUCUGGAGGGGGUCAUCACGGGGAGCCAGCCAGCAGAGAGACCACCGACACUGAAGCAGCAGGAGAUGACCUGGAGCACGAGCAGGACACGGUGCUGCAGCUACAGGAGGUCAUUGAGCAGCUGAGAAACGUCUUCCCUUCGGAACCGGGCACCACCUCACACAUAUAACCCGAGUGUUCCUCGAGGAGCGACGUAAAAGCCUGAACGGACACCUGAUGCCACAGGAGAAGCCACAUUCCGCUGCGGUCCGGCCACAGUGACCCACCCAGAGCUAACCCUCCACUGGAACUUAGUGCACUAAAAGCCUUUUUCAUGUAAACUGCAAGAGGCCGCCGCUGAUGUCCGUUUGACCAGGCUGCGCUUGAUAACUUGUGCAGUGUAGCCGUGACGCCGUGUGUUAACCAGCCAAAGGAGACUAAUGUAAGCAGCAGAUAACGGGAGUGGAGGCGGGGCGCUCGAGAGAAAUGCUCAGCCAAGACACUGUGCUUACCGGCAUCUGUGUCGUCGUUCAGAGGUGUGAAGCACAAACCGGUCCUUCUGUGAAAAGAACUUUAAAGAAUAAGAAGGAUAUCCCCUUGUUUUGUCUGAAUGCCUAUAUCUUCAGUGUGGUUUUUAAUCAUGGUUAUUUUUUAUUUUAUUCUUUUGGAGGGAGGUGGUGUGUCUGUGCCGGGCUGACUGUACUUCAUGUGGCUGUAUGGUGUAGUAUUGUCAGGGAGUUGACAUCAUUUCAUCAGUUAAAUCUAUGAUUUAUUUAAGACAGCCCAAGUGCCCUCGAGCACAGCGCCUCUGCGUGCGCACACUGUGUUCUUCUAAUCCUCUCACACUGCUCGUCGAUCUCACGCACACGCACACAGAUGUAUGCUGCUACGUCCACGCGCCCUGUUCCGACGGCACCUUUCCCUCAUUGUGCACACAAAUGUCUCCACGCGUGAUCGAUACAUGUGCUGUGCUCCAUGUAUGACUAAAAAUUAAAAAAUGGAGCGCCAUUUGAUGUUGGAUUCGGACGUGCUCUCAGUUUUAAGUCAAUUUUACUUAGUUUUUUUUUGAGGAAGUGUGUGCCGAUAAACAUCAGCAUGCAGCCGUUUGCUUUGGGAUCUUAGCGUUGGCCUGCUGUGUGCAGAGAAUGCAAAGGCAGGAGCUCCAGGCAAUGUGCCGCCAGGCUGAAGCUUCCUCCCGCUCGCUCUCGUCAAGGCCAAUUCCGGGCACUAUAGGGGGGCUACCAUGGCACACCACCAUGGCACAAUGGCACACUGACUUCAUCUGUAAUAAUCCCCCUGCUCAUGUAGAUUUGAAAAGAGCAGUAGCUAUUGACUAUACACGCGUCAUUUUCCCUCGCUAAUGCCCACUUAAUUGCUUUCAGAGUCACAGAAAGGCGAGUGCUUGAAAUGGCUCUGCCCUCAUCACGCCAGGGUCAUAGUGUGUGUUCUGUUCCAAACAUAGCACAGUCAUUUAAUGCCUUAAAUCCAAAGUGAAUUCAUAUGAAGUCGGUCUUUCUGGAUAUGUUUUCUUUCACAUUCAGGGAGCGGAGAUUUCCUUCCACAGCGUGUUUGUGUGUCACUGUCACUCCCUUCCCGGUCGGGGCUAGUGGUUCAUUUCGAGAAACACAGGAAACAGUGUGUAUCAAAACCACAGAGAGCGUUCAUGUGUUGAAGCCAGUUAAAUCAGACUUUUAUGAAUAAACCCAUGAUGCGAAGGAUGCUUGGAGGGAGUAAAGAUCAGAGAGACAAGAGGAGAGGCAGAGGGGGGAAAAACAAACAAGCUAUUGCUAAAGGGCUGGUGAGAGAGAAACCACAGACAAGUCUCCAGGAGCGGGACAAGAAGUCGCCUGAAACGAGUGAGUUCUGGUCAUGAAAGCGUGAUAUUUAUGCCUCAUUUGCACAGAAAAAACACAGCCAAUGACUUGUAAACAGCUGGGAAUCAUCUUCCAUCACUUCAUCCUUCUCUGAAGCCUGAAAACCUUCCACAUGACUGUGAGUAUUAGGGCCAAACUGAAGAAGCAAUUAUUAUUCAAGCAAAAUCUCAGACGAUCAGCUGCAACCUGCGUCAGGAUGAGGAACGUGGAGCAUUUUGCAAAGUUAGAUUUUAGUUUCUGGGCUUCACAAAUAAGGAAAUACACCACAUUAUCAUUGGCAUCAGUAAUUUGAAAAGGAUUGUGCAGGAAACGGAGUCUGUUUCGAAGAAAGAAUCACUCUUUUGUGGAGGGGGAAAUGGCGGAUUGCUAAUUAAAUAUUUGGAUCCAGAAGCGAGCACGGCAUUGUGUUGCUAUUUAACAAUAAUAUUAAUAAUACAUAUUAUUAUUAAAUGAUGAUAAAAAUCAUUUCAUUUUGCUACUUUAUUCUUGAAAGAUUUUGUCCCUAAUACUCUCGUCCCUGUGGUACCUCUGCACCAGCUACGCUUCACAAUUCUUUUUUUUAAAGCUCACACAGUAGAACGACUAUUUUCAUAAUCGAUUAAUCUGUCGAUUAUUUUCUCGAUUAAUCGUUUGGUCUAUAAAAUCUCAGAAAGUGAUCGACCUUUAACGAUUUCUUUGUUAUCCAGAGCAAAGAAAUGAAGAAAAUACUCACAUUUAAGAAGCUUAAACAAUUGGAAAUCGUGUUAUGAAAAAAGCUUUGAAAAAUCAAUCGAUUAUCAAAAUAGUUGUCUGUUCAUUUAGUAACCGAUUAAUUGUUUCAGCUCUAUCACACAGGUCAGAAUAAUCGGAAAGAGAAGAAAAUAGUCUUGACAAGCUACAUUUAUUCAUGAGACUUUAAUUUCUUUUGAAUUCACACAUCUUCCACGUACACGAUCACUUGCUAACACACAUUUACGUUGAAGACGUGUGUGUCAUGUGACGUGUGUUGCAUUAGUGAAGGCAGAGGGAUGUAAAUACUCUGCCAGGCGGUUUAAUGACAGAGCGUUACAGUAAUAUUCCCCCGUGUUUCCUCUCUGCUGCUCUUCAUGGUCAUCCACCUGCAUCUCCCGCUCUCUCUCACUGUGUGUUCAUCUGAAGAUACACACGCGCACACACACACACGCGCACACACGCACACACACACACUCCCUGUGGUGUGACUGAAGCCGUGUGAUUGAAGAGAAAAAGCGUCUCCACAGCGGCAGGAGUCACACCAGAGGAUCCAGCUCUUGUUCUCCACACGUCUGCCACCGCAUGUUUUCAGCCAACAUGCUAAACUAAACAAAACAAAACAAACAAACUAUCAUAUCACUCUCCUGUACUUACAUUUGAACCUUGUUUUUUUGUCAUCGUCAGUAGUUUACAUGUCACACCUCACAUUACGAUGACUCACCUAACCUCAAAUAAAGGGUUAAAAGAGAAUACUAACAAAUGCGGUAUAUACACACACACACUUAUACAUUACUGGUGAACUGUGUUUUUGUUUCAUCAUUAAUAUACCUCAUUAAUCAUACAGAUGUUUGUUGUCUUUCUUUUUGUUUUUUUCCAUGUUGUGUUACUGUCCAGCACUGAGACACUUCCUGUUGUCUUUUUCUCUGGAGUUUUUAAUCUGUAUUUAAAAACGUUUUUUCUGAAGAAAGGCUUUUUACUGUAUUAACAUAUAUAGGUUACUGGCUGCUUUCUACUUUUUUGUGUACAGAAAUAAAACUUUGUAUUUGGCAAACACUC